GCGUUACCAUUGAGGGUGCAGAGUCAAGAAAUAUUGGAAGAGUUUGAAAAAGGGUUUUGGCGAUUUUGGGAAUGGCAUCACCUGUGGGGUCUCCCCCUGUGGAGGCCCCACCUUCAUCAUCCAUGGGUUCCAGGAAAUCGUAUGCUGCCAUGCUGAACAAAUCCUUGUAUUUGCCUAUGAUUCAAGUGGAAGAAAAGGUGAUCGGAAUGAUACUCGAAGGUGAACCUGCUGUGUACUUCUCUCCUCAAGAGCUAUCUAAAUCUGAGGAGCCCUUUAGUUUAUCCCUGUUUGCUAAAUGCUCAUACGGCAGACCGCCCAUCCAUGAAGUGAAGGAGAUUCUGAAAAAAAUGUUCUCAAUCACCAUGGAUUUUGUGAUAAGUUCGCUUGACAGAAGGCACCUCCUUCUCCGGUUCACUGUUGAGGAAGACUUCAUUAAGGAUCAAGAUGGUUGAAGACGCUACAAGUUUUAAAAGAGGCUCAUUUCCUUUUACCUAUUUGGGUGUUCCUAUAAUCAAAGGGAGGGCUAGAAUUUGUCAUUUUAAUGCGGUCCUUGAAAAGGUUUCAAAUAAGCUUGCAGGUUGGAAAGGAAAGUUGCUCUCAAUAGAUGGUAAGAUUAUUCUAAUUAAGCAUGUUCUUUGCAACGUCCCAAUCUAUUUAUUUUCUACUUCUUUGGUUCCCAUUGGUAUUUGGAAAAGAUUAGAAUCCUUAAUUUAUAAUUUCUUAUGGGGUGAAUCAGAAUUUGGAAGGAAACAUUAUUGGGUUAGUUUCAACACUCUUUGUCUCCCUGUAAGUGAAGGUGGAAUAGGAAUAAAAUCUUUCAGAGAAAUGGACACUUGCUUUCGGUUGAAAUCUUUAUGGAGGAUUUGCACUAAUACAUCUCUUUGGUCUACAUUUUUCAAAUCAAAGUAUUGGAGAGGUGAUCAUCUAUUUAUAGCUACUUGUCCUACUAA